GAUCGCGGUAAGUUGCCUGCGUGUGUGAAGCGAAGAUUUGUGUAUAUAAAACCGUUGCAUAAAUCAACAGCAGCAACAUGUCAAGCAGCAGCAGCAACAAUUCGCAGCAGCAGCAGCAACAUGUGCGCAUUGAGAGCCGCGAUCAACAGGUGGAGGCCGAGUUGCCCACGCCGCUGACCAUUGCUGAAAGUAAGGAGCUAACCGGUUUGACGCAUGAGUGCGGCGUUUUUGGUGCGAUUGCCUGCGGCGACUGGCCAACCCAGAUUGAUAUUGCUCACGUGAUCUGCUUGGGUCUGGUGGCAUUGCAACACCGUGGGCAGGAGUCGGCGGGCAUUGCGACCAGCGAGGGCAAGUGCUCCAAGAACUUCAAUGUGCACAAGGGCAUGGGCAUGAUCAGCACCCUGUUCAACGACGAUUCGAUGAAGAAGCUGCGUGGCAAUCUGGGCAUUGGCCAUACACGCUACUCCACGGCCGGUGCCUCGGAGGUGGUCAAUUGCCAGCCGUUUGUGGUGCACACGGCGCAUGGCGCCAUGGCGCUGGCCCACAACGGCGAGCUGGUCAACAAUGAAUCUCUGCGUCGCGAGGUGCUGGGCCGCGGCGUCGGCCUGUCCACGCACAGCGACAGCGAGCUGAUAGCUCAGUCGCUUUGCUGCGCACCGGAGGGCGUCUCCGAGCACGACGGACCCAACUGGCCGGCACGCAUCCGGCAUUUCAUGAUGCUGGCGCCAUUGUCCUACUCGCUGGUCAUCAUGCUGACGGACAAGAUCUAUGCGGUGCGCGAUACGUACGGCAACCGACCGCUGUGCAUUGGCAAAAUCGUGCCCAUCAACUCGGGCCAUGCGGGCCACAGCACGGAGACACCUGCUGAUGGCUGGGUGGUGUCCAGUGAGAGCUGCGGCUUCUUGUCCAUUGGUGCGCGCUAUGUGCGCGAAGUGGAGCCGGGCGAGAUUGUCGAGCUGACACGCAACGGCUAUCGCACCGUUGACAUUGUGGAGCGUCCGGACUUUAAGCGCAUGGCCUUCUGCAUCUUUGAGUAUGUGUACUUUGCACGCGGCGACAGCAUCUUCGAGAGCCAGAUGGUGUACUCGGUGCGUCUGGAGUGCGGUCGCCAGCUGUGGCGCGAGGCACCCGUUGAAGCAGACAUUGUCAGCUCAGUGCCAGAGUCGGGCACUGCCGCAGCGCAUGGCUAUGCGCGCGAAUCCAAUCUGGAGUUCGCCGAGGUUCUGUGCCGAAAUCGUUAUGUGGGACGCACCUUCAUACAGCCCUCGACACGCCUGCGCCAGCUGGGCGUGGCCAAGAAGUUCGGCGCGCUGUCCGAGAACGUGGCCGGCAAGCGGCUGGUGCUCAUCGACGAUUCGAUUGUGCGCGGCAACACAAUCGGGCCGAUAAUCAAGCUGUUGCGCGACGCUGGUGCCCGCGAGGUGCACAUACGCAUUGCCAGCCCCCCGCUGCAGUAUCCCUGCUACAUGGGCAUCAAUAUACCCACGCGCGAGGAGCUGAUCGCCAACAAGCUGAACGCCAAGCAACUGGCCCGUCAUGUGGGCGCCGACAGUCUGGCCUAUCUGAGUGUCGCCGGUCUGGUCCAGACGGUGCAGCGCAAGCAUGUGGCAUCUGGCAAGGCGACGGGUCAUUGCACCGCCUGUCUGACGGGCGAAUAUCCUGGCGGACUGCCGGACGAGCUAAGCUGGUAGACAAUUGACUCGCAUAGCUCGAAUAAAUAUAACAUUACAGUAUAAAGCCUGUCACAAAUAAUGUAGAGCUGCAGCUUUUUGCAUUUAAUGCCCCACCCAUAUGGAGCUUGCAUCCAUUUCCAUUUUGAAUUAUUUUCCAGUUAUACUUAAGCUCAAAUUAUACACUUUAUGCAUACAUAUUAGAUUUAGUGAAAAGCCCUCUCUCCCCCUCUCUCUUCGCCUACAAAUUGACCAAAUUUUGUACAAAAGAAAUAGCCAUCAAUAUUGCCAACGAAUGGCCAACUAUUAUACAUUUUGUUGCAAUUUAUUGUUUAUAUGAAUGCCAAUAAAAAAAAAAGAAAGACAUUUAGCCCAAGCAUCUUUGGUAACAGCUCAAUGACACAGUCCCAAGGUGCUCGGCAAUUUGCAUGCAUCGCUUCAUUUCUAGAUUAGCACAGAUCUAAAACAAAAAUGUAAAUAAAAACCAGUCGCGAAAUUUGAAAUCAAAAUAUUUUGUUAUCAAGCAAUUCGAUUUUCAAUAUAUAUAAUCUCUUGAAGUCCAACAUUUGCGAUGCCUUGGAAAAAUAACGAUUAUAAUAAUAAUUUGAUAAUUAUAAUAAAUUUGUUGACAAGUGCUUCAGUUUUGUUAAAAAUGAAUACGACCAGCUUAAUUAAGGUGUAUUUAUUUAUUUAUUUUAUGGUAUUUCCCAGUUCCGAUUUUAGACAAUUUUCUACCCAUUUUCCAGCCAAGACAAAUUUGUCCGUACUAUCUAGAACUUGGCAUAGCUAAAUUUAAAAUUAGUUCAGCUUAAAUCGAAUUAGCCCAUUUUAGUCGCGUGUUGUGAAGCUUGAAGCAGAAAAAUAUACUUUUGUCCAUAAAACUAUUGAAACCCGUUUUCCACACAGUUGGGAUGAAUUUUCCGAAAUACAGAUGGAAUAAAGAUUCCAUCAAGGAGUUGUGGAUCUCCUUAAGGUGUGGCACACUUCUUAAAUUAUUAUUAACAAAGAUCUUUCGAAAAUAAGUUCGAGGUAAACAUAACUGAUUCAACUGUCUUCCACGACUAUUCCAAGCCCAAGCCCAAGUCUGAUUCGGAAAAAGUUUUUUUUUUUUAUUACUAUUAAAAACAAUACUAUAAAAAACUAUGUUCGUUAAUAGGAAUAUUCAUUAAAAGAAAAAUACUCGAGCCUAAACCAGACUGUGAAAGUGGUCACAGCAGUGCUGAGCAACGUCUGCUGGAAUUAUCGAUGACGAUAGGAUUAGACAGUUACAGCCCUGCAAAAAUUGU